AUGCCUCCUCAGUUCCCUCCCUCUUUUUCUGUAAAUGAGGUUGAGCCUUCGGGGCCGGGACAGAAGAUCUACAUUGGAAAAUUUCCGUUCGGAUCUUGGGAGCUCGAGUUCGUGGAUACAGCUGGAAUAACACGGACGGUUGGCACACCAAAAGCAGUGGUACCCAAGCCGGAUGGCAGCCACUACAUUUAUGAUGCCCCCCCUAAUCAACAAUUUCCUUAUCAACGCAAGCGC